AUGAGUGAGAACACUUAUCAGGGUGCUGACAAGGGUGAAGGCGGCGUUGCCAGUGGCGCUGGCUUGUAUGGCAUCUGUGAUGAGAUGAGGACUGUAAGUCACUCGCUGGAACCCGGAGACAUCAGCUGCGUGUUCCCCCGCGAAAUCGUCGAUUUCAUCAUCGAUCAUCUUGGCCAGCUGAAGUUUCGCGGCGUCUUGCAAAAGUGCUGCCUAGUCUGCCGGGCCUGGGUUCCUCGGGUGCGACUCCACCUUUUCAGGCGUGUCACAAUCUAUGUCGAAGGACCAGGCGAUUUCACUGGCUCGCAACAAAGUAUUCUGGGCGAAUUUUCCGCGUUCUUGUCACAAGCCCCUCCUUCAGUAACUCAUAACAUACAUACGCUUCAUAUCUCAGGCUACGCACGGCCAGCAGUGUUUCUUACAUCCAUUUGGAACGCGGCCGUCAAACUACCUUCCCUACACACCCUUCGUACAUCUCUCCUAAGAAUUGUCGGUCGCAUCGAACAUCAGGAUGCAAUUCACUCCUUUACAUCUCUGCAGCUGAAUGACCACACGGAUAUUAACGACCUGUGCACCUUCCUCGACCUCCUCCUGCUUUCUUCCAACCUGGCGGCAUUCAAAAGCUCACCAACCGCACAUGGUUACCGCUGCCCUGCGUAUGAUUACCCUCCACAAAAAUUUAGUCCACCAUCGGCGGGCAUGGGCCUGCGGAGCUUGAUGCUUAACACAAGUGAUAUGAUUUAUCUAUUCGCGGAUCGUCUUUUCCCCAUAGUAUCGGAAAACACGCUGACCAGUCUAUCCCUGUCGUGCCUUGUCACCAACAAACAAACGGAUACGAGAAAUGUGGGCAAGCUCAUCCGCCACGCUCACCAGACACUUGAACAUAUAAGUCUCAAGUUGAGUCCGCCGCCGGCCGAUAGAGGUACACUUGCAGAGGCGUGCUCUACAGCACUAGUUGACGCUGUUCCGGCAGGUACACGAGAGUUGGCUUGCACAGGCCUCAACUUAGAUCUGUGCACGUCGCUCGUCUCGUUUGACCUUGAUCUGUCGUCCACAAGCACAUUCGUACUCUUGUUCGCUCAUACACUCUUCAAGGAGUUCUUCUCUCGACACCCAGAGCACGUACGGAUACUCCGGUUCAUAGUUAUUCAUACCUGCAGCCUUGACGACAUCAAGGAACUUGACCAGACUCUACAGCACAUGCCAUCUGACUCGAGCACCAGAGUUCAUCUGUCCUGGGGCAGCCAUGGAAAAUCGAGAAAAUCGAGAAAAUCGGAAGCGAUAACACCUGAAGAACGCGAUGCCUUCGUGGAAGCCAUGCCCUCACUACAUGCUCGUGGACAGCUCUACUUCCACCCCGAUGACGAUUCAGAUUCAUCUGUUCCGUGGGACGCCUGUGCUGAGGUGGACUGUGAAUAG